UACAGUCCUGGCUUUCCACCUGCACUGGAGGCUGGCUUGCAGUGCAGCUCGGAGCUAGAUGUUCGGACACGAGACAGACACACGCCAGCAGGUUUGACGGCCGUGACUUCCAAUUGUUCCCAAUGCAGGCAAAGGUUGAAUGGCAAGUACAAAGUACCUACCUUAAGGUACCUAAGGUAUCGCAAAAUGGAAGGCAGGGCGGGAGCCUGGAGGGCUGUGAGGAAGGAGGAAGGAGGUCGGUCCACCUCACUUGGGCAGGCACGCCGCACGAGUACCGCACUGGAUUGCUCUUGCUCAAAACAUACAUAUUUCCGCGCCUUCCUCUGCCGCUCCUUCGGAGCUAGCCUUCCCCCCCUUCCUUCUCCCUCCCUUUCGCUGCCUUCCCGUCAAUAUCCUUCCACCCCCGUCCCCGUCCGUCCUUGCUCGUCACCCCCUCCCCGGCCCUUCCUCUUUCACUUUCAAUUGGCAGCGGCAUCAGCAUCAGUCCGGCAUCCUUCCAAGGAAAUCACGACCUUGCUCUCUUCCUUCUUCCCUCCUCUUUUCCCCUCUUCCCCAUUUCUUCCUACUUUCCACCUUCCUCCUCUCGUUCUAACUCUUGCCAAUUCUCUCUGCCCUGUCCUUUUGCUUUUUCCCACUUUCCUCUGACGCCGUCGCCAAUCGAUCCCACUUCGUCACUGCGGAUCGACAAUACUCGCGCGGCACUACGCAUAGUCGCAUACGGAGACUGCCCGUUCCCAGGUACCGUCUCGUCUGUACGAAGCGAAGUAGGGCCCUGCCAACCGCCGAACCCAACGCCGACCCGCGCAGUAGCCAGGAGACGGUCCGUCUUGGGAGCUUCCCUCACAGGCACCACAGGCACCACCUGAACCUGACUCAGCCACCCGCGCCAAUUAUCAACCGUUCGUCUUGUCUGAGCACCCGUCGCUCCAUCGCCGUUACGCCCAGACGCGACAAUCACUUCCCACAU